GGUGAGUUGUACAAAAUAAAUGUUCACAUCGUGAACUCCACUUUCUCAUCUUCAAAAGCCAGUUACACGGCCUGACUCAUCACACGAGAAUACAUCAUGGGCAUAAAAUGGCGCCCGUUCGGAAAUUUGGUAAAUAAUUGGCGCCUCAUCUCUGAAAAUUUAGCGCGCAUCUCCUCAAGCUAUAAAAGCUGAUGUCCUUCUCGAUCAUAUAGCUAGAACGUAACUGUAGACAACAAGAAAAAGAAGCUUUCUAUCGGAAAAAAAAACUGCAUCUGUAGACAACAAGAAGUUCUCGAUCGGGAGUUCUGAAUACGAUAGGUGUAUCUUGCCGUUGUGCGGGAUUGACCAGUAUUGGAGUACCUAAAAAUGGAUUCACAAGACAAUGUUAACAUUUCAUUUGCUAGUGCCAAUGAACCUGCGAAUUAUGUGAUGCCACCCCAUAAUUUGAACCAAUUCAGUCCAUUGAACAUCCCCAUGCAGCCUAUAUAUCACUUUGAUCCAAGUAAUGGAUCAUAUGCUGUUCAUAUGGAUCAAAACAAUAUGCCCAGGUUCUCUUUCCAAAAUAUGAUGAAUGCUCCUGUUAGUACUCAGAAUGGUGAGUCAUCGAAUGCAUAAAAAAAGAGGGCAAAAGGCAUUCAAGAUACUGAAGCCUCUCAACUUGCAACACUUAAGCAAGACUGGACAACCGAAGAGGAGGUUGCAUUGACAGAGGCCUGGUUGUAUGUAUCUACAGAUGCUGAUGUGGGAACUAAUCAAAGUACAACUAUGUGGAAUCGUAUACUAGAUGUCUGGAAGGAGAAAAUGGGGCCUGGGCACACAAAAAAAAGAAAUAGCAAUGCCUUACAGUGUCAUUGGCACCAGACCCGAGGUGCAGUUUCACGGUUUGUGGCGAUAUACGAGCAACUAGAAAGACAUCCAAAAAGUGGUUCAAACUCAGAGGACUUGGUAAGCGUAUUAUCCUGUAUUUUAAUAUUAUAAUACUUAAUAUAUUUAGUAGUCUUUUCUUUGUGUAGCUAAGGAAGGCAUUUGAGCUGUACAAAGAUUUUUAUGGGACUCAUUUCAAAUUUCUUCAUUGCUGGACACUCUUGGCCAAGAACUCAAAAUGGUGUUCAGAAAAUCUUACUAAGACAGAGGCACAAUCCAAAGGUAAAUCUGAUAAAACUAAAGCACUGUUGGUAGAUGAAUCUUCGACUCCUAUCGGUGAAGAUCAACCUCCAACCAAUGCCAUCAACUCUGAAGGUGUUGUGUGCCCACAAGGAAGGAAAGCUUGUAAAGAAAAAAAGCGAAAGCUACAUGAAGAAAGCAACGUCGUCGAUGCAUUGAAUAAGCUGCAAAGUACUCUAGACAAACAAGUUACUUUCAAUAUCACAACCAUGGAGUUCAGAAAAGAGAAGGAUGAAAAAGAAUUUCAGUUAAAAGAGCAAGUGAUGAAAAAGGAGAUAGAACUGAAGGAGAAUGAUCAGAAGUUGAAGGAGAAAGCUCAGAAGUCCAGGGACGAAGACCGUGCAAUGAAGUUAGAACAAGAAAGGAGACAAGAUCAGAGGUGCAUUCUGAACCAAGAUCUGAGCAAGUUAUCAGAAUCAGUUCGAACCUCUUAUGAAAUCAUGCAAACUGAGAUUCUGAAAGAAUGGAAAAAAGAUGGUCUCUUCAAGCUAAACAUAUGUGUUAAGUGCUACUUUAAGUUAGUUUAUCAAGCUGGUACUUUGUCAUUCUCUUAGUAAGUUAGUAGGUCUAU